AUGAUCGCAGAUGGCGGAGCGUGUGUUCUCUGACAGCAGCAGCAGCAGCAGCAGCAGCGUCGGACACACGAUGGAUAAAAGCAUCACUCUCCCUCCGGACGAGAUCUUCAGGAACCUGGAGAACGCCAAACGCUUCGCCAUAGACAUAGGUGGAUCCCUCACGAAGCUAGCCUACUACUCCAAUGUGCAACACAAAGUGGCCAAAGUGCGAUCUUUCGAGCACGGUACAGAGGCCUCCAGUGACAAGCUGUAUGAGAUAUCGGUGCAGGAAGAGGUCACCCCUCGACUGCACUUUAUCAAGUUUGAAAAUGCGUACAUCGAAACGUGCUUGGACUUCAUCAGAGACCACCUGGUCAACACGGGAACCAAAGUCAUCAAAGCCACGGGCGGAGGGGCGCACAAGUUCAAGGAGCUCAUUGAGAGGAAACUUGGACUCAGAGUGGACAAAGAGGAUGAGAUGACCUGCCUCAUCAGGGGUUGUAACUUUGUGCUGAGGAACAUCCCCCAUGAGGCUUUUGUGUACGCCAAGCACGCCGACUCGGAGUUCCGCUUCCAGACGACUGAUCCGGAUAUUUUCCCUUACCUGCUCGUAAACAUCGGCUCUGGUGUCUCCAUAGUCAAGGUGGAAUCAGAGGACAAAUUUGAGCGAAUAGGAGGAAGCUCGAUAGGUGGAGGCACGUUCUGGGGCCUGGGAGCAUUGCUCACCAAAACAAAGAGAUUUGAUGAGUUGCUACAGCUGGCCUCCAAAGGGCAGCAUGCCAGCGUUGAUAUGCUCGUCAAAGAUAUCUAUGGAGGAUCGUACGGAUCCUUGGGGAUGACUGGGGAUCUCAUCGCCAGCAGCUUUGGGAAAUCUGCUACUGCCGACAAAGCGUUUUCUAAAGAAGACAUGGCCAAGAGUUUACUCCACAUGAUCAGCAAUGACAUCGGGCAGCUGGCCUGUCUGUAUGCCAAGCUCCACAACCUGACCCGAGUUUACUUCGGAGGCUUCUUCAUUCGAGGACACCCGGUCACCAUGCACACAAUCACCUACAGCAUCAACUUCUUCACAAAGGGUGAAGUUCAGGCCUUGUUCCUGAGACAUGAAGGAUAUCUCGGAGCCAUUGGAGCUUUUCUUAAAGGAGCAGAGGAAGAUAAUCCAAACCAGUACAGUUGGGGUGAGAAUUAUGCUGGAAGCUCGGGCCUGAUGAGUGUUUCUCCAGAUAUGAAUCCGAUGCAGCGUGCUCGCAGUGGAACGUUUGACAUGCUGGAGAUGGACCGCCUGGAGAGGCAGCUGGUGAAUCUGCCUCUGCUGCAGGACCCGUCCUCUUACAUCCCCGACACCAUGGACCUCACGGAGGACGCCGUGGCUCGCGAGUACUGGCUCUCCUGCUUCGAGGAGGCUCUGGACGGGGUGGUGAAGAGAGCCGUAGCCAGUCAGCCCGACAUCCCGGAGGCGAUCGAGCGAGCGGAGAAGUUCCGACAAAAAUACCGACACAAGCUUCAGACCCUCCGCCACCAGCCAUUUGCUUAUGGAUCCCUCACUGUCAGAAGUCUUUUAGACACCAGGGAACACUGUUUAAACGAGUUCAACUUUCCUGAUCCCUACUCGAAGAUUAAACAGCGAGAGAACGACAUGGCGACCAAGUAUUACCAGAAGGCCGUGGCGUCUCUGGACCAGUUGAGCUGGGAGCAGAGACAGUUCGCCCUGGUGCGGGGCGUCCUGGCUGGGAAUGUCUUCGACUGGGGAGCCAAGGCCGUGUCAGAUGUCCUGGAAUCGGAUCCUGAGUUUGGGUUUGAGCAGGCUAAACAACAGCUGGAAGAGCGGCCGUGGCUUAUUGAUUCCUACGACCAGUGGCUGGAGAGACUAAAGGGUCCUCCUCACAAGUGUGCCUUGUUUUUCGUAGAUAAUAGUGGAAUGGACAUCAUUCUAGGGGUGAUACCCUUUGUUCGAGAGCUUCUCUCUCGGGGAACAGAGGUCGUGUUGGCCAGUAACUCUGGUCCGGCCUUGAACGAUGUGACGAACGGUGAACUGCAAAUUCUGACGGAAAGAAUCGCCGCCAUGGAUCCAGUGAUUCAAUCUGCUCUGAGGGAGGACAGGUUGACGCUGGUCCAGAGUGGAUCCAGUUCUCCUUGUCUUGAUCUGAGCCGUCUGGACAAGGUGCUGGCGAUGGUGGUGCGCGAGCGGAAAACCGACCUGGUGAUCAUCGAGGGGAUGGGCCGGGCCAUUCACACCAACUACUACGCCCGGCUCAGCUGCGAGAGCCUCAAGAUGGCCGUCAUCAAGAACUCGUGGCUCGCCGACCGGCUGGGGGGGAAGCUGUUCAGCGUGGUCUUCAAGUACGAGGUCCCGGCCGGAAAGAUAGCCAGCCCGGACUCUGCGCCGCUGUCGCCAUUGUGAGCGAGAGAGAGAGUUUCCAAAAGGACCGAUUGUGGAAGUGGGAGCGGCCUGAAGCGAGUGGCCGGAGCUCUGAAUGUAAGGAUGUGGAUCGCGUUCUGCCACCGGGUGAAUGAUUGUAAAGCUGAUUGCAACGUGUGGGCAGAUUUUUUUUUUAACUGAUCAUUUACAAGGAGGUUUUACCCUUUUUUUUAUUUUAAGACAUUAUUGAUUUUACUGCAGGUUUCAUUUGGAGAAUUACUGUCGCUUUCACGCAGGUCUCUGUCCAUUGUCCAGCACGAUACACUACAGCUGCUUUCAGACAGGCACCUCAGUCCGGCCAGAUCCUCACAAAGCAAACGUCCAAGCCACUUGCUUUGGACAUUUUCUGGAGCUUUUCCGGAAAAUGUCAGACUGAGCCCAGGGUGAGAAUAUGGCGAGAAAAAUGUCCAGAAAAUUGAGGAGGGCUCAUCGGUGAGGUCUCUGAUUCAAAACUGAGAAAGACAAAAAGAAUACAAAUUUCUCUGCAGGUGAAAUAGAAGACGCAGACAAGGUGGUAACUUGGAGAGACAACGAGAUUCAAGCGGUUUUGGUAAUGAGGCCCAAUGCUGGUGUUAAUGUGCUGUAAACAAAAUGUGAUGUCAUGUCCUGCUCCAAACAUUUCCCUGUUGUUGUGUCCACACUUCCUGUCUGAAAUGGAGCAACACAUCCAUCCCCACCAGGGUCCAGUUAACUUGAACACUCGAGAUCUGCAGAUUGCAGGAAAAAUGAUUUAAGAAAGAAAACUUUAUUUCAAAUUGAUUUACAUAUUCUGCCAAAGCACAUUUGGACAAAUUCGAAUCUUUGUGUUGUGUGUUCGAGAGAGAGAGAGAGAGAGGGAGAGAGAGAGAACCGCUGGAGUAAUCACAGCUUUUAGAAAUCACAUUUUACAUUAAGUGUAAUUAUCGUGCCUUGAGUUUGACGUGAUAAAAGCAUCCUUUACUCA